AUGCAGAUCUUCGUGAAAACCCUAACUGGUAAAACCAUCACUCUCGAGGUAGAGAGCAGCGACACGAUCGACAAUGUCAAAGCUAAGAUCCAAGACAAGGAAGGUAUUCCUCCGGAUCAGCAGAGGUUGAUCUUCGCCGGAAAACAGCUUGAAGAUGGCCGUACCUUGGCUGACUACAAUAUUCAGAAAGAAUCGACACUUCACCUUGUCCUGAGGCUUAGGGGAGGUAUCAUUGAACCUUCUUUGAUGGCAUUGGCUCGCAAGUAUAACCAAGACAAGAUGAUUUGCCGCAAGUGCUAUGCUCGUCUCCACCCGAGGGCAGUGAAUUGUAGAAAGAAGAAGUGUGGUCACAGCAACCAGUUGAGGCCGAAGAAGAAGAUCAAGUAA